AUGAAAAGGGUUGUCAAUUUCCAGGAACAGGAUCCUAUUGAAAAAGAAUGGGAGUUUAAAGAUAAAUCAAUCGAAAAUAACAAUAAAAAGAGAAAAACAAAUAAGGAGCAUAAGUUCAAUGCUAAAAAUAAAUCAGGAAGUAGAUUAGAUCGUACUGAUUACAAAAAAAAGAAAAUGGAAAUGUUAGAAUUUAGGAAACAAUUACCAAUUUAUUCAGGUCGAGAAGCCAUUAUACAAAGUAUGAAAGAAACUGAUACAAUGAUUGUUAUGGGUGAGACAGGUUCAGGAAAAACAACUCAGAUACCACAAUUUUUAGUUGAAGCAGGUUUAGUAUCAAAAGAUUUAGGUGGUGUAGCUAUUACACAACCUCGUCGAGUUGCUGCAGUCAAUUUAGCCAAACGUGUAGCAGAAGAGACCAUGACACGAUUAGGAACUAAAGUUGGUUAUACAGUCCGUUUUGAUGAUACAUCUAGUCCACAAACCAUUAUCAAAUACCUUACUGAUGGUAUGCUAUUGCGUGAAAUUCUAUCAGAUGAACUCCUUUUAAGAUACAAAAUUGUUAUCCUCGAUGAAGCACAUGAACGUACAUUAAGAACAGACAUGUUGUUUGGUAUGAUUAAAAAGAUUCAAGAAAUAAGACAGAAAAAGUAUGAAGCUGGAGAAAAAGGUAUUCAACCUUUAAAGAUUAUUGUCAUGAGUGCCACAUUAGAUGCCGAGAAAUUCAGUGAAUUCUUUAAUAAUGCAAAGAUUCUUUAUGUAUCGGGUCGUUUAUACCCUGUCGACACAAUGUUUACAGUCGAACCACAAAACGAUUAUUUGGAUGCAGCACUUGUCUCGAUCUUUCAAAUUCAUGUGAAUAAUCCAAAAGGAGAUAUUCUCGUCUUUUUACCAGGUCAAGAUGCAAUUGAGAGUUUAGCUGCACUUGUUCAGGAAUACUCAGCUCAAUUAAGACCACAACAACAAAAAUUGAUGGCAUGUCCACUAUUUGCAGCCUUACCCCCUUCUCAACAACAAAGAGUUUUCGAUCCAGCACCAGAAAAUACACGUAAGGUUAUUUUAGCUACGAAUAUUGCAGAAACAAGUAUUACAAUUCCAGGUAUUCGCUAUGUAAUUGAUAGUGGGUUAGCUAAAUUACGUGGAUUUAAUCCAAAGAUUGGCGUUGAAUCACUUUUAUUACAUCCUAUUUCAAAGAGUUCAGCAUGGCAAAGAACAGGUCGCGCAGGUAGAGAGGCUGCUGGUGUUUGUUACAGAUUGUAUACCGAGAAUGUAUUUAAAGAAUUAGAGGAUGAUACUGUUCCUGAGAUUAGACGAUGUAACCUUUCUUCAGCAGUUCUUUCAUUAAAGGCAAGUGGGAUCGAUAAUGUGCUUGAAUUUGAUUAUAUGGAUAGACCUUCAAGAGCGUCUCUCAUACGUGCCUUGGAGGAAUUAUAUGCUUUAGGAGCUAUUGAUGAUAAGGGUUGUCUCUCUGAUUUGGGUAAACAGAUGGCUGAAUUUCCACUUGAUCCAACCUAUUCAAAGGUUCUUAUUCAGUCAAAAGAAUAUGGUUGUUCAUUAGAAGUAAUUGCUAUCAUUUCUUUAUUAUCUGUUGAUUCCAUCUUUUUUACUCCUUCUGAUAAGCGUGAGCAAGCAGCUGAAGCAAGAAAGAAGUUUCUUCAUCCUGAUGGCGAUCACUUGACUCUUUUAAAUGUACUUAAAUCAUAUUGGGAAGUGAAAGGUGAUAUUGAAUGGUGUAGAGAAAAUUUUAUUAAUAAUCGAAAUAUGAAGAUUGCUAUGGAAGUACGAGAUCAACUUAUUCGAUUUUGUGAGCGAAUUGAUAUGGAUCCAAAUAGUACAUGUGGAGGAGAAACAGACAAUGUCUUGAAGUGUUUCUUAACAGGCUUUUUCCAAAAUACGGCACUAUUACAGCCUGAUGGAUCUUACAAGAGCGUUGCAGGUAGCCAAGUAGUCAAGAUUCAUCCUGGAUCUGCUAUGUUUGGUAAACGAGUAGAAGGAAUCAUGUAUAAUGAAUUAGUAUUCACUACAAAACAUUAUGUGCGAGGUGUAUCUGCUAUACAGUCUGCUUGGUUACCUCAAGCAGCACCUAAAUAUUUUAAUAAUGUUAAAACAGCAUAA